AUGUCUAAAAUGUGUAUAAAGCACGCAUCGAUAUUUCGACGAAUCGAAAAAGCUCGUACUUAGGAAAAAAUCGUGAGAAAACGAAGAGUUUCAAAAUAACGGAAUAGAGUUCUUGGUAAUCUAUAUUAUCGCGAAUGAUGCUAGGUAUCGCUUUUACCGUGUCAGUCAAUGCGUUGGGAAUGCACUAAUGCAAAACCUAGCCGGACACUAGCCGGUGUCACUUUCGAGAAUAUUAGCCGUGGUAAUCGAAACCCGUCGAUACGGAUAUACGGGUGCGGAAAUAUUUAGACGUAUCCAUCGUGCACAACGUCCUCGGGAUCAAUAAAAGUUGAGGCGGGGCAAGGUUUGGCGUGGCCGCCGUUCCGUCUCGGUUCCCUCGACCCACCGCUGUCAACGCUCCCUUCGAAACGCGCAAAUUAUACCCAAGAUUUUCUUCGCCUUUCGAAAGAUUCGUUCAAAUGAUCUGUUUAUUAAUUGCAGUCGUACUCGAGACUUUAUCAAUUAUUUUUUGUUCGAGAGAACAAGGUACAGUUAAAGCAAUUAAUUGUCAUACAGAGAACACUGUUAGCGUUGAAAACAUAAAUAUUUUAUAGAUAAUUCGUGUGUAUUUAACGGUAUAGCCUCAGUGAUUCCGAUCGAUUCUCGGAACAGGGUAAAAUUACGCUUUAGAAGGUCGAUGGCAUCGUGACUCAUAACCACCCCCUUUUGACACGCAAGAGGGUAUUCCGUCCAUCGUUGGAAAGGACGUUGUUCGUCGCAAAUUCCUCGUGUACAUCGAUAAAAAUCGUGCGAUUAUUUAACGCGAAUUUCAGUUCGGCGAAAGAUUAAUAGCAAACGUCACUUUUCUGUGAGCUCACAAAGAUAAAAUGUCUUUAAAUAACAACUUGUUAGAUCAACCGUCGAUUAUCGAGAUGGCACGGUCCAUGAUAGGUAGUAACAAGGCGGAAUAUUCUUUUUUGUACUCGCGAGAACGUGAGCACGAUGUCUUGGUUUGUCUAAAUUGGCUGUGAUGUCAUCGAGCGUUUAUAUUCGCGCGAGCAACGAAGGACAAUGCGCAUAGAGACCAUCGAGUCCGCUUUCUGUAUCCAAUUAAAGGAUUCGUAGAGUGCAACGCAGGACCGAUAAGUGAUUUACAUAUUCCACUGCUUUUUCGCAAUUUUUCAAAACAGGACAAAAGCUGUUCGAUCAAAGCUCGAUUCUUAUCUGUCACCCGUGAUAAACAAACCGAUGAGUCAGAGAAAAGAGAGUACUUGAAAUUGUCUAUCCUUCAUUUAAUCGUCAUGAAAAUUCCUUUGAUCCCGUUAUCAAGACUUUUACGAUGAAAACAAUACCUAACACGACCGUGAAGGUUUUUAAUUCAUAAGAAGCUCUCACUGUAUCUUGCUCUCGUUACGUCAAACGUAAUCUGGGAUAUUUAUUUUCCUCGGAAGCUGACGCGACCCGGUCCCAAACUCGUGACAUUUUCCGAGAGGGUACCGUUAUCGUGCUCAUCGACGAAACCGAGAUAGGAGCUCGCGUCGCGGAAAAGAACUGCUUCUCUCGGCUGGAAUUUAUAUCGAUAAUAAAUAUGAUCUGUUCAUGGUAACCCCGUUACAUACGCGUACUGUAACGCGUGUUUAUCGUCGCGCGAAACAGUGCUGGUACCUUUGGGUGAGCACACGAACGGACACGUACGAUGCACACGAGCAAAUGUGCGGGCGUGUAUGCGAUUGUAGGAUUUUUUCCUUUGAAACGAAGAACGAGUGAUCCAUACAUGGUAACGGUGAGAAGACUGGCUUACGCGUUGCAACGCGUAACCCACCCUAUGGCUCUCCUGUCUCCGCUCGUUCUCGACUCUUGCUUCUACCAGCUAGACGUGGGCGUGUACUACCUCGGUGACUCAUGUAUCGACUUUUCUCCCAGUCAGGUUAGGAUAAGCAGGGUAGAUUUAAGGUGAAUCGUAGGUAAGGACGAAAGAGGUUACGAAACGAACGGAGAUCGUAUGUUUCGUACAAAACGUUCAUGACAUUUGAAGAUCGACAUUUGCGUAAAUAAUGCAUACAAGGUACCGAUGCAACAAUA